CAACCCUAAAUUUCUCCCAAAUUCGUUUAUCAAAAACAAAACUGAAAACGUUCUCCCAAAUUCAAGCCUCCAGAAACCCUAAUUUUAUCCGAUCAAAUUGCAGGAACGCAGAAGUUCCAAGCAGAUCAUGGCGGAAAUUCUUAGCUCUAACCCAACCAACCAGAAGCAGAAGGUUCCCAUGUCGUCGCGCCUCCAGUCUAGCACCAGCCCCUUCUUCUUGGGCUCCAACGAUGACCAGCUUGAGCGCGCACAGGCACGCGCUGCACGCGCCGCCGCAAUUCGCCGGAAGACCGUCACUGCCAAUGCGCUUCCCUGUCGCGACGAUCUCGAUCCCUGUCUGGACAAGCAGCAGAUCCUUGUGUUGUUCCAAAAUUGCAUCAAACUUGCGAGCGAAAACAAAAUUAAUCAGAAGAAUACUUGGGAACUGAAUCUGAUAGACCAUUUAACGGAGAUUAUCAAGGUUGAAGAAAAUGACAUGGAGACCAAUUUUCAAAAGGCAAGCUGCACUCUUGAAGCUGGGGUCAAGAUUUAUUCAUUAAGGGUGGAUUCAGUACACUCUGAGGCAUACAAAGUCCUUGGUGGGAUGAAUAGAGCAGGUCAAGAAAAUGAACAAGAUGCAGUUGUGGACGAUGCCAAUGUUGAUAGUGGACAAAAAGGAGGUCAAUCAAAGAAAGAGACAGAGAGAAAGCUCUCACCUUUGUCAACGCUGGAAUCAUCUUUUGAGGCUCUUAAUGUCAAAAAGUUUGAUGUUGCAUUCGCUGUGGAUCCACUCUAUCAUCAGACAUCAGCACAAUUUGAUGAAGGUGGAGCCAAGGGUCUUUUAAUGAACAAUCUUGGAGUAUACAGUGGAUGCAAAGUGCUCUUUGAUUCACUGGAGGUACCAGGGAAGUGCAUAUCAUGUGAUAAUCAACAAGAUAAAACAAAUACAAUUGAUCUUUCUUUUGCUAAAGAAUAUAUUGAACAGAUGGUACUGAAUAUGCGAGUGAAAGAAGAAAUCUCACCAACUCUUAGGAGUAUAGUCAAUCGAUUUGACGAAGAUAACAGAAGGCCAUCAAAUUUCAAUUCUUCUGGCCAGACAUUGACAGAAGAUGCUGUUUAUAAUGAGGCCGAGUUUAAUGAUGACGCAAUUGAGGAUUGUGUGACCUGGAGUAAUGAUCAUGAUCAUGAGGAAGCCAUGGUAGAUGAGGGUCCAAGUUAUGCAGAUUCAACAUUUCCAGAUUAUAAUGAGGAACAUGAACCUAGUACUUUCUAUGACCACAAUGCUGAGGACAGAUUCAAUAACGUUGAUGAGUAUUUGUUCUCAAGUCUUGGACUAGCUUCAAAACAAAAUGCUUGGGCAGGUCCUGAGCAUUGGAAGUAUCACAAAACUAAAGCUUCAGAUGUUGAUCCUCCAAAAGAAAAUGGCUCGGCACUAAUAACUAAGAAAAAGAGGAACCAGAAACAGGUAGAACCUGAAAUCAAUUUCACAAGAUCCUUGUACAAAGAGAUUUUAGAUAUCUUUGCUCCUCCUAAAAAUCCCAAGACAUUGUUGCUGCCUGCAAAUAAAGCAACUUGCAAUACCAAGCUUCCUGAGGAUUGCCACUAUCAACCGGAGGAUCUUGUUAAGUUGUUUCUGCUACCUAAUCUGAAGUGCAUUGGGAGAAGAAGAAGAAAGUUCUCAGAUGAGACAAUGCAACAAUUUGAUGAUUACGGACAACAUCCAUCAUGGGAUAAUGAAAGUGUACUUGGUGGCCAAUGUGAUGAACGAAUUGUCCAGAGUGAUGAGGAGUCCAGCACUCUUGUUUCUCAACCUCGUCAGGUGAAUAAAAUUGAAGUCCAGUAUGAUAAAACUUCUAAACAAGUUGAUGUCCAGGCUCUUAAAGAAACUCUCUGGGACCAUAUGCAACAAUCUAAUCAAGUUAUUCAGGAUCAAGAAGAACCAAUAUCCUUCAGGAAAAUAUUGGCCAACUUACCUAGUGACUGCAGAGCCGCCGCAACUAUCAACGAUGUGUCCCCUCACUUGUGUUUCAUAUGCUUGUUACAUCUAGCUAAUGAGCAUGGGUUGAGCAUCCAUGGUCACACCAACAUGGACGAUCUUACUAUACAACUUCCUCUUUCUAAUAUAUGCUCAACUUGAGAGGUCUAUGGAUUUCUUAUCUUAUCGAUAUCGAUUUGUACCUUGUAAAAGCUGUGUUCCUUCAUAUUUUGUACCAUUUGAAAAUGGUGAUGCUAACAAC